AUGACAUUUGGCAACCUUUGGAUAACGGACCCGGAAUUUGCCAAAUGUAUUCAUCCACAGUGGCGCCGAUUCACCCCGCCAGAUCCGAUUUACAACUACCUGGUCGGUAUUUAUGUCGGCCUGAUGGGUGUGAUCGGAAUUGCCAGUUGUAUUCCGGAAGGAUUUCACACAUCUUGCACAUUCGAUUAUCUGUCUUCCGAUCUGGGGAAUCUGCUGUUCAACGCCGAAAUGUAUUUGUUUGCUUUCAUCUGCCCCGUCGCUGUGAUCAUAUUCAGUUACGCUCAGAUUAUCAAGGCCGUGCAUGACAGCGAGAACUUUAGGGAUGUGAAGUGUUCAAGACGUCAUCGAUCAAACGCGCCAUCAAGCGAUGCUACGUGCACAUGCACUCCGGAUCCACAUACAGGCACAAAAUCCGCAUACAUAUGCGCCAGUAUAAUUAUGACAAAUGUUCCGCCGGCAGUUAUGAGUGACGUCAUAUACUUCUGCGGUAAUGACUGGCUAUCCGCCACUGGUAUAGUCAUAGGGCAACUGGGUCAAGCCAUGGUGGAAAUUACCCACUUGAAUGAUGCCACUAUGCACAAACGACACGUGGACCAAAUCCACUUCAAAUCGUCCACGGACCAGGGGCAUCAAGAGGCAAGAGAGAGGGACAAUCAGAUGCGAACUCCGUCAGGGAAUCCAGCGAAGCUGCAUCAGUCAGAUGCGCAGUCACAACCAAUCGAAAUGCAAGAACAUUACUCAAGGGUGCGAUGUGAACAGGCGGAGUCAACGAUUGCAGUCCGCAAGUCUAGCCGUUAG